CUUCCGCCUCCCCACUGACACUCCACCAACGAAAAGAAAAACACAAACAUAACAUUGCGAGUGGCUUCCGGGGCUUUCACGCAGGGGAAUGUGAUCGGAUGCGCUGUUGAAAAGCAGCUGUGCUUUGCUCUGCCCCGCAUCAAAGGGCUGGACAAUGGAUCAGUCCUCUGAUGAGGAGGCGGCUCGCACCUUCGUGCAGGUCAUCAGCGACAAGUACAACACGGAGAACUUCCCCUACGGCCAAGGCGUGGGCGUCGUGGUGCUGCCCUCCACUCCCGGGUCGCCCAUCAAAGGUCGCCUGUUUUUGCCCAGCGUGCUGGUUCUGAACGACUGCGGGAUCAAAAAGGCGGGUAACAGGUCCGACAUCGCCGCGUUCUGUGCCCACGUGGUCGAGCUGGACCUGUCUUACAAUGAGAUCUACGACUGGGCCGAGAUCUGCGCCAUCGUUUCCAACGUCCCUCGCCUGGACUUCCUAAACCUGAGCAUGAACCCGCUGGGCGGCGCCACGCUGGAGCCGUGCAUGGCCGAGGUGUUCGCCCGGGUGCGGCGGCUCGUCCUCAUCAACACGCACGUCAGCUGGGACACCGUGAACGCGCUCACGCGAAACACGCCUGAGCUGCUGGAGCUCUUCCUGUGCCUGAACGACUACUACGCCGUGUCCCAGUCCUGCGCAGCCUGUCCGUCCCUGCGCCUGCUGCAGAUCACCGACAACCACCUGCGUGAUUGGGGGGAUGUGCGCAAGUUCGGGCUGAUGUACCCCAGCCUCAGCGAGCUGGUGCUGGCCAACAACAGCGUGGAAUGCGUGGCCGACACCCAAGAAACACUGCAACGCCUCUUCCCCAACCUGCGCUGCAUCAACUUCAACAACUCAGGGCUGAGUAAGUGGGAGGACAUCGAGAGGCUGAACUUCUUCCCCAAGCUGCAAGAACUCAAAGUGAUGGGGAUUCCGCUGUUGCAACCGUACACCACACAAGAGCGACGCAGCCUCCUUUUAGCGCAGUUGCCUAAUGUCUUAGUGCUGAACGGGGGCGCGGUGUCCGACAGCGACAGGGAAGCAGCUGAGAGGUUCUUGAUCCGGUACUACCAGGACUGUCCGGAGCAGGAGCGCCCGUGCAGGUACAACGAGCUCAUAUCCAAAUACGGUCAGCUUGCCCCGUUGGCCGACGUGGACCUGACCCCCCGCUGCACAACGGUGGAAGUCCGCUGGGGCGACAGGGUUGAGGCGGUCAGCCUCCGCUUGGAACAGACGGUUGGUGACCUGAAGAAGCAGCUGAGGGCGCUUCUUCAGCUGCCCACCAACGGGAUCAGGUUAUUCUACAUCAACCGGGAAAUGUGUUCCGUCAUUGGACCGGAAGAGUUGAAGUGCGGCUUCCGGGCCCUCCACUCGUACAGCAUUCGAGAUGGAGACGAGAUCCUCGUAGUGCCCAAGGUAAAAAGUCGCUGUAGCUCCUCACAUCUUUGAGGUCUGACACUCAGGGGUUUAUUUGUUUGGUUGGUUGUUUUUUGGGCGUUUGGGGGGGGGGGAUUCACGGGACUCACUGAACACUUACUGGAUUAUCUUUGACUUGAAUUUAUGUGAUUUUAUGCAACAAAAUGUUGGCGCUAGUUCAAGGGCCAGUGGUUGUCCGAGGAAGGACGUUUAUCUCUGAAGAGAAGACUCUGUUCCCAUGUGAGAGGGGACUUGUACAGGUUGUCUACCCAACCACCAAAAGGCCUGGUACACACAUUCUGUUUGUUUAAAUCUUUAGAGCUUGUUUAUCUGUAACAGCCUGAAUGGUCGCCCUUCUUACAUCGCCCUCACAAACCUGACACCUCGAGUGUCCACUCUUUUCACAUGAUGCGGGGUCCUGACCUCUCCCACUGGCUCAGUUUGGCGUUGCUUUCCUCCCAAUCACGAGAGAAAUUCCCACCAGUAGGAAGGGGGGCUGGAUUGAACCUUGGGAGAUAAUUUUUCUCUCCUCCCACUGCAUGGUAUCUACUGGUCUCACAAUGGCACUUCUCACCUUCGUUUAUGUUCCAGGAUAAUUAGUUGGGUUUCAACACCAGCACCCAGUUCCCAUCCACACAAACACGUUUCAUUCUAUCUGCAAAGUUUUCACUGUUUUAUCCACGAGAUGAGCUGGUACCUUGCAGUGGAAAAAUAGCAUACAUGUUCAUUCAAAAUAUAAUGUCUCAAGAAAUUGCAAAAUCUGAAACUCUUCCAACUGGCGAAAAUGUCCUGAAAUUGUCAUUAUUUUCAAACACCAAGUUUACACAAACCGAGUGAGAACCUGGCAAAGCCCACAUAAAACAAACGUUUGCUGCUUCUGGGUUCAAACUCAGGACCUUUCUGGGAUACUUCAUAUUUCAUCUUAGAGUGUCUAUGUACUUUAGUGUAUUUGUACUGAAAACCCACUAACUUUGCAAGAAGAGUUUAAGUUUGGGGACAUCCAAGAAACAGAAGUUUUGGAUUAGGGGUGUAUGUAUUUUUGGGUGGUAUUUGGUGAUCUGGAGCUGUCAUGCGAAAGUAAUAACGUGAAUUGUUUGCCAUAUUGUAUUACUUUUCAUGAAUCCCGAGAUUUACUUUUAAUCCUGCAUAAAAUAAGUCACUUAUGGACAUUUGUAAUGCACAUGUCACUGAGAAUUUAGAAAGAUUUUGUACAAAUCCUAACCUGUAAUGUACUUGAUUGAAUAAGCGCCCCUAAAAAACUUUACAGAUAGUUUUGGUAUUUUGGUUUUUUUCAAUGAAUAGUUAUUGGGGAAACGAUAUGCCCGAACUGCUUUGAGAUUUUAGCAAGACUUUGUUUUGCCUACCUUUUCGUCCAAAUUUCGACAACAUUUUCAUGAGAGCAAGUUGCACCCUCACUUUCAGGAAGAUUUUAAAAUGUUGUAAACUGCCAAUGCCUCAUAGUUUGCCUUGUACUGCCCCGGUUUAUUCAUUUAUAUAUUUCUGCUUGUUAUUGUCAAUGGUGACUUUAUUGUGUUUUAUUUUUAUCAAUAUCCUGCCAUUUUCACAGCUUUAUAUAAAAUGUAGCUUUGGUGUACCUUGGAGAAAUAAAUUAUGAUCCUGUCCUAUAA